AUGACCGAGGCUGCUAAAACCUGGUGGAGUCAAGUGAGGCUAGUUCCUGGCAUUGGAAUGAAAGCCAUGUACAAGGCACAUCACCAGUUCAGCUCAAUCAGUUGGUUCACAAAGGUUUGUCUCAGCUCUUAUGCUAUGAAGCCGAACAAAAACCUGGAAUAUGAUAAGAUAUUGAUGGCAUGGGCGACCACUAGAACGCUUGGCUGUGCAGUUUCAGAGAACUGCGGAAACACUUGGUAUACUGCAUGCCACUACCACCCAGGGUAA